UCAUUCACCAAAAAAAUCUUAUCAAGCAAAAAUCUUAAAAGAAAAAAAAACAAUGGCCGGAGAAGGAGAAGUGAUCGCUUGCCAUACCCUCGAAGUUUGGAACGAGAAGGUUAAAGAAGCCAACGAAUCCAAGAAACUGAUUGUGAUAGACUUCACAGCUUCAUGGUGUCCACCUUGCCGUUUCAUUGCACCAGUGUUUGCAGACAUGGCUAAAAAGUUCACUAAUGUUGUCUUCUUCAAGAUCGAUGUUGAUGAAUUGCAAGAUGUUGCUAAGGAAUUCAAAGUUGAGGCAAUGCCUACUUUUGUUUACAUGAAAGAAGGCAACAUCGUUGAUCGUGUUGUCGGUGCUGCGAAAGAUGAGAUCCAUGAGAAGCUGAUGAAGCAUGGUGGUCUUGUAGCUUCUGCUUGAUUGAUUUCAGUUUCUAAAUCUUAGUAUCCUAAUAAUGUUUUUUUUUUAUCUUUGGUAUGAAAUAAAAAGUGAUGCAUUGCUAGUUUGCUACUGCACAUUUGUAUUAUAACUAUGUCAGUUUCGAUUACCGGUUUCUGAUUACAAAGAGGGGAUAAAUUUAAUCACAGCAC